GCUCAUGAAAACAUGGAGCAGUACAAUAUUCUGGGUCGGACAGGAGAAGGAGCUCAUGGCAUAGUCUUCAAGGCCAAACAUAUUGAGACAGGGGAGACGGUGGCUCUGAAGAAAGUGGCUCUGAGGAGGCUGGAAGACGGCAUUCCGAACCAGGCUCUGAGGGAGAUUAAAGCACUGCAGGAGAUCAAGGACAACGAGCAUGUGGUGAAGCUGAAGGACGUCUUUCCUCACGGCACGGGCUUCGUCCUGGUGUUCGACUUCAUGCUGUCUGACCUCUCUGAGGUCAUCAGGAAUUCCCAGCGCCCUCUGACCCCUGCGCAGGUCAAAAGUUACAUGAUGAUGCUGCUGAAGGGCGUGGCUUUCCUGCAUCACAACAAUGUCAUGCACCGGGAUCUGAAACCAGCAAACCUGCUCAUCAGCUCCUCAGGCCACCUGAAGAUUGCAGACUUUGGUCUGGCCCGGCUAUUCAGCGAGCAGGGAGAGAGGCUGUACAGCCACCAGGUGGCCACCAGAUGGUACAGAGCCCCCGAGCUGCUGUACGGAGCCCGAAAGUACGACGAGGGAGUCGACCUGUGGGCAGUCGGCUGUAUUUUUGGGGAGCUGUUGAACUCGUCUCCUCUGUUUCCUGGAGAGAACGACAUCGAGCAGCUCUGCUGUGUCCUCAGAGUGCUGGGAACCCCGACUCAGGACAGCUGGCCUGAGAUAGUGGAGUUGCCAGAUUACAAUAAAAUCACCUUUAAGGAGAAUCCAGCGAUCCCAUUGGAGGAAAUCAUCCCUGACACGCCCCCUCAGGCAGUGGACCUGCUCUAUAAGUUCCUGGUGUAUCCAUCUAAACAGCGCUGCUCAGCCAGAGAGGCUCUCCUCCAUCCAUAUUUCUUCACUUCGCCAAUUCCUGCUCACCACUCAGAGCUGCCCAUCCCUGAAAGGGGAGGGCGACCCCCCCGCCAACGUUUCCAGGCUCCGCCCACUGACUUCUCAGUGGACCUACCAUUGCAGAACAGUAUGGUAGACCCUGCCCUAAUACAGGGAUACGCUUCCUGCCUCUGAACUGACCACUGAUCUUUACCAUCUCUCAGCUGCUCUUAUACCAGUUAAUCUUGUUUUAUAUAUUUAUUUAUUAUCUAGUUUACUAAAUCCUCUCCUUCGGACUGAAUCCUCAUUGUUUUAUGAACUUUAGCUCACACAGAAGAUUUCUGACAGUCUUUCCUGAGCCUGAACCUCUUCUGUAACCACUUAUAACCGUGAGAAAAUGACCUAAUACAGUUAAAUUUCCACACACUGAAUUUAUCGACUAAAAGGAAUUAAUGUUUAGCUCCACUGGGUCUCCAUUUGGUAAAAGGAUGGAAUAAUUAAAAAAAAAACCCACACAAAAUCAAGCAGAU